AUGCCGACCAUCAUCAUCAAGGUAGACCUCGACUGCGGCCGCUGCCACGCCAAGAUCAGGAAGGUGCUCGAGAGGAUCAGAGAGAAGGGCGAGUUCAUCAUCGACGACAUCAAGUACGACGAGAAGAAGAACCACGUGAUCGUGUCGGGCCCCUUCGACGCCGACAAGCUGGGCGACAAGCUCUGCUGCAAGGCCUGCAACAUCAUCAAGGAGAUCGAGACCGUCGAGCCGCCCAAGAAACAGGAUCCCGAGCCUCCGCCGGCGACGGACAAGGUGAAGCCCCCGGGCCCGGGUAAGGAUGAGACGGUCAAGGUGAAGCAACAGCCGCCGCCGCCGCCGCCGCCGCCGCCCAAGAUUGUGGAGGUGCCGGUGCCGUACCCGUGCCCCUACCCCUACCCGUUCCCGGCGGGGCCGUCCGGCUGCUGCUGCCACCAGGGACACGGCGGUUGCCAGUGCUGGCAGAACCCUCCGCCGCCGUCGUAUCCGUGCGGCGGCUACAUGAUGGUCUGCGAGGAGGACCCGUCCGGCGCCUGCACCGUCAUGUGA